UACGAGCAUCGGGGAGUCGUUGCAAAAUUUCGGAAAAACCAUUUUCGACGAGAGAUAAACAAGAACGUUGCAGUAUGAAUCACGCUGGAGUUGCCAUAUUAAUACUAUGCUCAAGAUGUUUUGCUGUAACGAUAGACCACCUUGAGGUACCGUCGGUGGUGGAACUUGGCACAGACUCGAUAGUACUUGACUGCCAGUACAGGACCACGUCACCAAUGCCAGCUGGGCUCGUGAUGAAGUGGUUCUUUAACGGAUCCUCGGGUCUGGUAUAUCAAUGGAUCCCGCCACUCCCUCCACAAGUCAUUGGAAUUCUGAAAGGAAAAGUGGAUAUAGGUUUUAGGAUUUCAGCGGAGCCCUUACAAGCGUAUCGAGCGAUCAAAAUACUGAAACCCACAACAGAUCUAAGUGGUAACUACACUUGUGUUGUAUCUACAUUUAUAGAAGAAGACCAGCGAACUAGAGACAUGAUAGUUUACAGUCCUGCUAAAAAUUUUCAUUUUUUUCAAGAGAAGAAAUACGUUUUCCUCGUCACGCUUAUUUGUAAGGCUGAGGAACUUUAUCCUAAGCCAGAUAUGGCAAUACUGUCUCAAGGGAAGCCACUUGAGCAGGCUGUAGUGGAUACGAAAAUGAACUCGUGGGGCCUGUACUCAGUGACGGCGAUAGCCGAAGUACAUGACGAUGACGUCACGGGAGCCAGUGAAGAGUUCGUAUGCAGGCUCUCGCUGCCAAACACGAAUUACACAAAACUUCUUUCCACUAUAUAUUACGCAGGAUCUAUCCCCACCACCCACACGGUCUAUGGCGUCCAAAGACCUCAACAUCGACAAGCCAGUUCUGGUACCGCUAUAAACUACUCGCAGAGUCUGGGUUGGAUUUUUAUUACCUUCCUUGCGUUACGAAGAUAAAAUAAAUAAUAAAUGAUGUUGAAUUAUUUAGAACAAGUUCACUUAAAGUAUUUGCAUACUGAAUUAAUACUAGAAAAGUAAGAAUGCUUUGUGUAAAUAAAUAGGCUACAGCGUAAAUGUAAGUUAUUUAAAUAAAUUGAAAGAAGUUCGUCGUGAAGUUAUUUAUUCACAACAGUAAUGAACUAAUGAGUUCCCUUAUUUGUCCUGUAUAAUUUAUACUUUAAGCACGGACUAGUAAAAAAAUAAGGACUCCGUGUCACCUUACAUAACAUUGUAGCACCAAAACAAGCCGAUUUACGUGUAAAUACAUAGCCCCACGCACACACUUACACUACUACAGGCCGAUAGGCGGCCAUUAUGAGAAUUGUCAUCGUCUGCGACAGAUCAGUUUGCGUCUCAAUAAAAUAUUUUAAAAAUGCCGUCGUGCGUUGUGAAAAAGUGUAAAAACGAUACUAUAUAAGUAUUUGUGGCCAUAUAUGAUUAUUUAAGGUAGAAAAAAUUGUGUAACUAGUAUCCCCCGUAACCGCACACACACUAGUAUAACGGUUCUUCACUUGCUAAUAUCACGACGCGGUGUCCUUCUUUUUUUACUCGUCCGUGACUUUGAUUUUAUAAGUUCUUAAUAUAAAGAAUUAAUUAAAAAAGUGUGUGUACUUAUGUAUGCACGCAGGAAGCUAUACUUCUUUGGCCUAACGAAGCAAAACUCAUUAAAAUGAUUUAUUCCUCGUGCUAUUCUUCUUUUUAAAAAGGGCCAUUUUUAGAAAGCACAAUUUUGUGAAAAUCUUGCAAAGAUGGCUUUGACAAUUAAUUAUUACACAAUGAAUACGGCUGUAUGGGCUUGAAACCUUUGUCUGUCUUAAUAAUGGACGACGAAACCAAAAAAAAAAUAACAAAUGACGCAAACGUUAGAAAAUUUUAGGAACCAACUUCAACCUGAUACUUUUGUAUUACAGUGAUGCGCGCGGAUCUUAAAAUUUCAUUCUCAUAAUUUUUUCAUAACGCGCCUAAAGAAGUAUAACUUCAAAAAAGGAUUGUUUGUUUUUAUGAAACCAGGGUAAAAGUGAAACUUUUUUUCACAUUAUAGACAUUUAACUAAAAAACAAACAAAAUAGCAUGGAGCACUGGCGCAAAUGAGUAAUAAUCUAUACACUACACGGUCAGCUGCUGCAAACUAUAGGCGCCGCCUGACCGUCACGCGACAUGCAACACACAGACGAAAAAGUUUGAGAUGAUGUAAUAAAAGUUUCACUUUAAAAAUAUUGUUCUGUGAAAAAAAAAAUGUAAGAUAUUGUGUAAUUUUCUUGGCUUGUAUUUAACUUUCCGUUUGUACUUAACAUGA